AUGUCCAACGUGAGUAGCAAGAAUCGCCACUUCACUAGCAGCAACAAUGGUGACUACAUCAACAACCAACUGAACAACACUGUCAACAACUACAAAAAGAGGACGAUGAUUGACGAAGACCGCAAAGAAUUACUAAAAAACAUGGAGGUGACAUCACUCACGAAAGAUUCCUUCAAGUUAAAAUGGCAAAUUUCUCCAAACUUCGAGUCGUACAUCGAGGGUUUUAGCGUAAAUUACAGGGCCGACGGAAGCAGUGUUGUGCAGAACAGCGGCCCUCUGGACCUCCAAACCAGGAGUCUGGAUAUCGGUCAACUACAUGAAAAUACCGACUACGAAGUUUGUCUCUGGGUACUGCUGACCACAGCCAUCCCAACGCUUGCUAUGCACAUCCCUAUCGCAGUGGAUUACGAGUCAAAUAAUUCCGGAGCUCUGGCCGCUUAUAAAGGUAUGGAUUCGAGAACCUACUCUCGCUGCGUAUCCAGUUCAACGUACAAGUCCGGUCUGAACUUGAUCGAAGCAAGUUCGCUUGGCGCGUUCAUCUCACUAGCAAUCGUCAUACUCGUCGUCCUCCUCGCGAACAUCACCACGAAAAAACGUCGCUACCAUUUUGACCAUGAAGACGAUGAGAGGAGGGAGCAGUCGAGAGAAGUUGUCAAAAAAUUCAGUCGGAAAAGUCUUUGGAGUAAAUUAGUGAAAAAUAGUAAAGUAUUAAAUAGCAAUUGGUGGAAACACGACGACGGUAAGCUGAUAAAUAACGAUAAAGACAAUCCAAACGGAGAAUCCACCGACGAAAAUAGUCAGUACUGUGAAAAUCAUCAUAAAAACGAUGAGUUUUUUAGUAGAAAUAACACAAGGUGCGCCAGGAAGAAAGGAUUCAGAAUCAAAAACCAACUACGAUCGACCAGGCACGCGUUUGGGUUGACGUUCAAGAAAGGAUUCUCCUAUAAAAAGAAACCAUUGCCUAGACCGAGUUUGACGGAUGAACUUCCUUACGACAGUGGCUUCGAUUUGCUCGCAGAAAAUUAUAAAAAGAUGGCGAAACAGAAGCGAUCUUCACUUCUAUCUCUAAUUAACAACGAGUCUCCUGAGUGUUUCAUUGUAGCCACAGCACAUCCUUGCACAGAAAAUACUGAGAAUAAAUUGAAUGUGAAUCAUGGCGGUAAGACUGAACUCCCGAAUGAAUUAAGUGACGAAAGUACAGUCAACCAUGAGUUGGCAUUUCUAAUCCCGUUGAUGAAAGGGAAGGAUGGUUCCUUGGUAGUAAACGGUCAAUCGACAGAAAAUUUAAAUAUUUCCAGAGUCAAUUUGACAGAUUAUCUGCCAGAAAUUGAGGAACCUGACGAAGAUGACUCCAUAGAUGAAGACGACAGUGACGAUGAAAAGUGCAAUGACGUCAUCUAUGACGAAGAUCCAAACACACUUUACAAUCUGCAACUUGAAGACUUAAAUUACAAUUUAGUGCCAGUGAUACUGCAGCCCGAUAUUCAGUUAUCCGUGGUUGACGUCAUUCCUGUUUGCACGGACGAGGAAAUGGAGAAUAAUUCCGAAAAAGUCGAGUAUAUCGGCGAUACAGUUAUCAGUGCGGCUGAACCUUUAACGCAACCAAUGAAAAGAGCAUCGUCUUGGGCUGAUUAACGUUGAACUAUCAUUUUUUUCUUUACUAACUUACAUAUUUUUGAAUAAAGACUAUUUUUUGACUGUUUUUAUGUGCUCACGGAAGCUUAUGAUUAAAAAAUAAAAUUUUUCACAUCUCGG